AUGUCCAAAAGGCCAUUUCAAGGCUUUAUCAUGUGCCUUGAGUUGUUGAAUUUGAAAAAAAGUGUUGAAAAGUCUCUUGAAAAUGGAUUGAGUACUGAUGAUCACAGCGCUCUGUCCUACCAUGGCUGUGCCUCAAGACAAUUACAGGACUGGUACUAUAAUCCUACUGAUGAGGCUGGGACUGGAAUCUGCUUACCCCUCAUCCAGAGCACCUUGCCUGCCUAUCCCAAUUGUGAUCUGGAUUGGAAACCCACAGCAAGAUGGUUACCUUCCCCUCAAUACUCUGAUGCUCCAUUUCCUCAUAUUAAAGAUAUCAAAUUUCCUGAUAGAAUACGACUUCUCCGCUCAUGCCCCAGAGUUUGCCAAGGUGAGGGUUCUGAGUGGAGUUUUUACCCAAAUUUUGGCCUUCCCUUCACAUAUCACACUGGGAAGCGAUGUGUCUUUGAUGGCUUGCACUUACGAAACUGGACAUCAUUAGAUGUAAAGACACUGCCCUCGUGUCUGGGAAGAAGGAAAAAAGUCCAGGAUUCUAGAAAUGGAAUUCCUUUGGCCGCGCCUGGUGACAAGUCAUUCUCUACCCCUGAAUACAGUCCCAACUUUCACAAAUUUGGAUCAACAAGGCCAGUAGUUAAUUUUCGGGAACUUUACACAGUAAAUGCAGAUACUUUUAUACCUCUUCAGAAGCUACCCAGAAGUCCUAGAAUCCCAUAUAGCAUCAAGGUACAAAGACAACAACUGGAAGAAGAGAAAAGAGACGUAAAACAGCUAAGUGGAUGGAAACCGUCUCCUCCCCCUGAUCUCUUCAAAGUACCAAAAAACGCUCAGAGGACAAAUGUAGAAUAGGGAAUAAAAGAUAAACACUUCUGUUAUUUGAAAAGACUACAAUGCUACAUUUUUACAAAUAAAUACAAAUCAUUAUG